GUGUUAACUCGUUCGUUGAAAUGGAUGGCCGAUACUUGUUAACUCAUACUAUGAGGCAGACAGGCUUUCUUUCAUUGUGGAUAGAUUCAUGCAAGAUGAUAAGGACCUAUCUUUGCCUUGUUGGAAUUAUAGCUGUGUCAGCUCAUCCAGAAUAUAGGAACCUAAUUCCUAAUGGAUACGCAGUGCACAACCCCUGUGGUUCAUUCUUCUGGGAGCCUGUGGGCCAUUAUGACCCUAGUCAUCACACGAUAGACAAAAACCCAUUUGGCAGGGCCUUUUCCGCAGGUGGGCAUACGUGGACUACUGCUCUUUGUCAAGCCGAUUCGGAUGGCGAUGGUAGAAGCAAUGGUGAAGAGCUAGGCGAUCCUAAUUGUACGUGGACUGUGGGUGGAACACCUGACGGCAAAUCUACCGGUCAACCAGGUAUCUGUGAGCCCGUUGGUUCUGGUGCCUGUGCCUCAAUCAGUUUCUAUUGUGGUUGUCAUGGACAUAAUUGUGUUGGUUAAAUACACUAAUAAAGUGGUUUGUAGACCAUGUCAAAAGUU